AUGCAUUCGACGGUGCAGCAUGGUGGAAACAAGAGUGGGAAGUCAAAUGUAUGGGCUAACAAUAAUCUGGCGAAGACGGUGGCAGCUUUAGAUGAGUUCAAGUAUGGUUUCCCGUCAAACGGUUUAACGACUGUGUCAAACAAAUGGUGGGGAAGGCCUGGGAAAGGCGGGCACGAUGAUGGUGGAGGAGAGACUACUGAAGAUGGAGAUGCCAAGGACGAAGCAGCUCCUGAGAAGCAAAAUUCUUUGGUAGCUAUUCGGAAAAGAAUAGCAGAAGAAGGAAGAGCAGCUGUUGAACUUGGUCUGCGUCAAGGGUUUGGUUCAAAAAGACCAGACAAGAGAGAUCAAGAUCUUCUGUCUCAGAUCUUCAAGUCUUGA